AAAUUUCAUAAAGUGAACUGAUGCUUGAUUCUAGCUUGAUUCAGGAUUUCCCUGAGAGACUUCUCUUGACUUACAAACAACCAGAGGAAGCUCCUACUGUUCCUGAAAAUGAGGAACCACCUGUUGAAGAUUUAAAGCCAGAACCAGCUGCUCCUGUCCAGCUUGAAGUUUCCUCUAGCCCUCUCCAGGAGGAUGAUAAUGGAGAUUUAUUGGGACUCGAUGAAUUUAAUCCGGCGGCAUCGGAGAUUGAGGAAAGCAAUGCCUUGGCUCUAGCAAUACUUCCAUCCGUUGCGGCCACCACCAACUCUGAUGCUGAAAAUUCAUGGGAUCCAUCAGGCUGGGAGCUUGCCCUUGUUAAUGCUGCUCAUUCAUCGGCCGUUAAAAGCCAGCUGGGCGGCGGGUUCGACAAACUCACUUUGGAUAGCUUGUAUGAUGAAGCCGCAUAUCGGCAACAACAACAGCAGCAGUAUCAUGAUGUUGCAGCUCCGAAUCCAUUUAUGGCGGCAGAUCCUUUCACGGCGUCAAACGAAAUAGCGGCUCCGCCGUCGGUGCAGAUGGCUGCGAUGGCUCAGCAGCAGUCUCUGAUGAUUCAAUCUAAUCCUUUUAUGCAGCCACCAAUAUCUUCACAGCAACAGCAGCAGCACCCUCCUAUCUUUGCAGGAGCUGAAGCAAACCCUUUUACAGACACCACUGGAUUAGGAACAUUCCCUGUGAACAAUGAUUAUCACAAGAGCAGCCCUUUUGGAAGCUCCCAGCUCCUAUAAAUUCUGAAUUGUGUUUUUUUUGUU